GACGUGACCCACGUAAACUGAUGGAUCCAGAUAUCGUUAAAGCUUGUGAUCAACUCAAUGGAAACAAAUAUCAGAUCUACAGCAAGUAUACUGGCACAUAUUAUAAAAAUAUUUUCUGCUCUAUUUGUGAUUUGAUGGCGUAUCCGUUUGAGUUGACCAACAAAACAGAGAAUUGCAUUUUUUUUCAAAAGUCUGAGAAAACUUUCCCGUAUAAAAUGUUGGUCAACGUCCAAGACGUAGUCAGAGAGUCUAAUGGCAAGACUUAUAACAAAUGUAACGAGACAACAUGGUUAGCGCCUCAUGGCGAGUGUCUCCAAUUAAAAUGUACACCAGGAAAGACCUUAAAGAAUGGAAUAUGCACCACCAUAUUUACAGAUUUUAAGAGCCUGGAUUAUCAAGCGACAUUAGUUCUUGAACUCAAACACCGGGAUAAUUUUAAAGACAAUAUGACUCUUCCAAAUUUAUUGGAUUUGGCUGAAAGACAGAUAAGAAAAGAUGUUUCCAACAUUAACGAUGGCUACUCUUAUCAACUUGGUGUUACUCAGAAAGUCAACAUAAGUCUUACUGACACCGAAAUUCCUGUGUUAUGGAUAAACAUUGAAAUGUUAGCUUCACAUUUACUCACUAGAGAUGCCUUUGAGAACAUGGCUCUGGACAUUUUCUUUGGAAACAGAUUGAAGAAUGAAGAAAAAAUGUUCAACUAUUACAAAAUUUUAGUAGAUAGAUAUGACAUCUCUUGCACUUGGUCAAACAAGUUGUUAUCAUUGCGCCGCUAUGAGUCAUUGUUAUGGUCAAAAUACUAUUAUACACAAUGUGCUAACAAGGUAAUUCUUUCACCAACAUUAGCUUGUCAAUAUCUGAUAUUUAAAAGAACAAACUUUACUUUAGUUUGGACGACUACCAAUGGAGUGAAAUACGUAAUAGUGAUGCUAGAUGUUGGUGGGGCCAAGCUUAAAAUUUCCAGCCUGUCUGAUAUGAAUAGCAUGGAACUAACUGAAUCCAAAGAAUUAUAUAUAUGUGUUAAGAUGUUAAAGGAAUACUUUAAUACAUCCAAAUCAACUGAUAAAGGAAUACCAAUGUACAAAACAUUAAAUGUUUUAACAUAUAUUUGUAUAAGCGCCUCAGAGUUAUGUCUCGUGUUAACGCUAGUUACGUACCUUGGAUUUCCUGAACUGAGAACUGUUCCAGGCAUCAACAACAUGUUCCUGAGUUUAAGUCUACUUCUUGCACAGAUGGCGCUGGUUACAGCUUCUAACAUAACUGGUCCCAGUACUCUAUGUACUUGUAUAGGUAUUUUGACACAUUUAGUUUGGCUUUGGCACUUCACUUGGAGUUUUCUGUGUAGUCUUCACAUGUUUAGAGUCUUUACCUACAAGGUUCCAAGUGGUUCAAGAAAUGAUGGACUAUGUGCUCAUAUCUUCAAACAGAUACUUUUAUCGUUAAUAAGUCCUGUUUUAAUUGUCACUGCGGUCUUGAUCACGUCACAUUUUAUGUCAAACAGCCUUGGCUAUGGCCGACAUUUGUGUUACUUGGACUCAGCUCUUCUCAUAGGUGUCUCCACGGUCUUUCCAAUCUGUUUGGUUUCCUUGUGUAAUUUAACGUUUCUGGGACUAACAAUUGCAAGUAUUAACAGGGUCGAUUCGCUCGUUACUUUUGAUUUUGUCAAGAGAACUCAGUACAACAGCUGUAUACUUUACGCAAAGUUGUCUUCAGUGACCGGAAUCUACUGGAUUGUCACCAUUGUGGCUGAGGCUUUAGAUAAUGAUGUUCUAAGAAUCAUCUCAAUCUUACUGAACGGACUUCAAGGUGUUUCAAUAUUUAUCUCUUACACUUGUAACAAGAAAGUCUAUCAAAUGUAUUUCAAAUCAGCGAAAUUGCCAAGUGUAUCACCAGCUCAAGACACUUCCUAGACAGAUAAUUAAAAUAAAUAUAAAAUAAUUGUAAAAUGAAAAUAUGUUAGCUGUUAGCUAAUGAAAAUAAAAAUUAACAGAACAUAAAAAUAUUUCCAAAAAUAAAUUAUUAUUUUAUAAAUUUAUUGAUUUCUCUAAGUACGCUUACUUCGCUUUUAAUACUAAUACAAGUUAUAUUUAAAACAAAAAUAUUACUUCGCCUCUAUUCUCUCCUCCUACAACAACCACGUGGUUAUUAUGACUCCAUCUUUCUUGGAAAAGAAUGGAUGCUCCCAGAUGAGUCACUGGCUUUGGUUACGUCUUGAGAUGGGGCAGAAUCUAGAGUGACUGAUCAGGCCUAUUCUGGAGCGGCAGAGUUUACCACAGUUCGUGCAUCUGUCCUAGGGCUAGCUGACAGCAGCUUUUUUUUUUCUUUCUCUUGGCUAAAGCUUUGCACUCGGCGAAGUUCGUACCAGCACGUACAGUUUGUCUUCAUGCUGUCCGGUCUUGGGCUAUAUCCUCCCACAUAAUUUGGUCGAUGUCGUGGCUCUUAUGUCUCUCUUGCAGACAUAUCUGUAGGUUAGUCUUUGGAUGCCCUUGGGUCUGACUUCCUCUGCAAGCUCAGUGUAUAGGAUGUCUUUAAGAAGUCUUCCAUCUGGCAUGCGAGUGACAUGACCGAGGCAGCGUAGUCUUCUCCGCUGAAGGAGAGCAUAGAUGCUAAGCAUAUUGGCCCGUUUCAAAACUUCCUGGUUGGUAACAUGAUCCCUCCAGGUGAUGCACAUUAUGUGUCGCAGGUAGCGUAGCUGGAAGCUUUUUAAUCUGUGUCAGCUCAGUGUCUAAAUCUAGAUUGACGGCUAUUGUUGUUCCCAAAUAUGUCAAUUCCUACACCACCAUAAGUUUGUGAUUUCCAAUAUGUAUUGCUGGUAUAUCUGCGAUAUACUUGUGCCAGGAUUUCGGUCUUGGGGAGGCUUAUUGUAAGGCUAAACUCUUGACAAGCAGCUGCCAGAGCAUUCACUAGACUCUGUAAUCCUUCUUGUGAAUGAGAUAUGAGUGCCGCAUCAUCGGCGAACAACAGUUCCCUAAUAGAGAUACGCUGUCUCUUUGUUUUGGCUUUAAGGCGUGCCAGGCUGAAUAGCUUUCCAUCGGAUCUACUUGGUUAUACCCUUGCGUAAAUUAAAUAUAGUCAGACUACUAAAAAACAUUCUAGUUGGGUAAUAGAGUUUAGAGACAUAUUUCUAGUAUUGGUAUUUUGUAUUGAUAAAUUAUAAAAGUACUAUAAUCAUACGUACAUUUUGUCACUAAUUAAUCCUAGUAGUCCAGUUGCAAUAGUUUUACAUAAAAAGGGUUGCAAAAUGCUCAUUUUUUUCUUUGAUAAUUCUGUUACUGUUUGGACUGUGAUUCUGAAGCUUGUAUUUUUCUCUUAGAUUUUGAGUUAAAUUUAAUCAAGAAUAAUACGUUGACUAAAUCUAAAUCUAGUUCUAGCGCCAAUUAUUGUGAUGGUAAGACAACAUCCAUUUUUGGUUUGUUGACAGUAGAAAGAAUUUGUAUUCAUGCCAUUAGAUCCAGAAUGGAGAUCUAUAUUGUAAACGUUUCGUCCAUUGUAAUCUGUAUUGUUUACUAUUUAUUGUCAGUGGCUUCCUUAGCCCUGGAAUGCUUUAAAGUCUUUAAAACAAAAAGGAUUGCGAUACUAUUUUUUUUACUUUGUUAACAAAAACGUUUUUGUCUUUUAUUUUCCUGUCACGAGCAUGUCAGGCAGUUUGCUCGUUAUUUUUCUUCUAUAAAUUUUGAUACUACAUCCCGUUGUUAGUAGGCAGAACUUUGUAUAAAUAGUGAGCCAACACCGCGUAGUUAGUAGGCAGAACUUUGUAUAAAUAGUGAGCCAACACCGCGUAGUUACUAAGCUUACUUCUAAAUAAAUAGUGACGAUAAACCACAUAGUUAGUAUGCCUACUUUUGAAGAAAUACUUAGGUUACGCCGUGAAGUUAGAAGUUCUACUUUUGUAUGAAUAGUGAGGUUACACCAAGUAGCUAGUAGACCUACUGUUGUAUAAAUAGUGAGGUUAGAACACGUAGUUAGUAGGACUAAUUUUGUAUAAAUAGUGAGGUUACAUCAUGUAGUUACUAAUUGUAAUUUUUUCUAUAUACGAAAUCCACAAGGAGUAGUUAGAAGGACUACUUUUAAAUAAAUAGCGAAGUUAUACCUCGUUGUCAGGAGGCCAACUUUGUAUAAAGUAUAAAUAGUGAGGUUAUGCCAUUUAGCUGGAAGGCCUACUUUACUAAAAAACAAGGUUACAAAGAGAGUUUGUGUUACACAAACUCAGAGGCGGCCCCCGUCGAAGUCGGAUCCCUGUCGGAGAUAUUAUUCCUUUUUUAACGAGGCUUAAUAAACAUUACUAUACCGAGUUCUUUUUUCAUUUCAUUUAAAGAAUUAAUUCCAUAUAACGUCAGAGGGAAAAAAAAAACUACGUCACACGGCCUAGCUAGACUAAAAAUCGCUUUCAUCCAUACGAGCCAUUUAUCGAGUGUUCAUUGACUUUGGUGCACCGAGUGCGUUCUUUAAGCAUUUCAUUUAAAGAAUUCAUUCCAUAUGACGUCAAAGGAAAAAAAAACACUACGUCACACGGCCUAGCUAGAAUAAAAAUCGCCUUCAUCAUUACGAGCCAUUACGAGCCAUUUAUCGAGUGUUCAUAGACAUUGGUGCACCGAGUGCGUUCUUUUAGCAUUUCUUUUAAAGAAUUCAUUCCAUAUGACGUCAAAGGAAAAAAAAACACUACGUCACACGGCUUAGUUAGACUAAAAUAUGUUUUCAUUAAUACAAGCAAUUUUUCGAGUGUUCAUAGACAUUGGUGCACCGAGUGCGUUCUUUUAACAUUACAUUUAAAGAGUCCAUUCAUAUGACGUCAAAGAAAAAAAAAUUCCAUUACCUCACAAUAGGCUAGUACCGGUACCAUAAAAAAAAUGUCUUCAUUUACACGAGAUAUUUAACGAGGGUUCAUAGACAUUGGUGCACUGAGUUCUAAUAGAAUUUAUUUAAAAAGGAUCAAAGCCGCAUUGUUUUUGCGUUUUGUCUGUCAGUCGGUCUGUCCGUCAUCUUGAUAUAAAAAAAAACAACAACUAAAAGUUAUUAAAAAUUGAUUAACCUUUAUUCUACGUUUCAAAACAUCGCAAUAAUUUUUAGAUAUGAACACAAUUGAAAAGUUCAUAUUAUAGAUUGUUAUUAAUUAGAAGAGGGAGUUCAAACAAUUAUUUGGCGUUAGUAGAUUUUUAUAUAAAUUCGGAAAUUUCUGGCGACGAUUUGUAAGAAACAAAAUCCGGAACUUUCUUUAUCGAUUACAAAACUUCUAUGUUAUGUUUUAGCAAAAAAAUUAAAUGUCUAAAAAGUAAUUUUCAGUAAUCAAUUCUAGUAAAUUACUUUUUUUUAAAGCCCUGAACAACCUAUUGUCGAUAUUUUUAAAAUUUGUUUAAAGAUGAAAAUACGGAACAAUUUGAUAUUGAUAACCAAAUUAUAGUGACGCAUUGUCAUCCAGGGGGGCUGAGGGCUUUGCACUGGGGUUUUAUGCCUUCUCAUGUGGCUGGUGAGACCUAUGUGAGUCUGGAAUGUUCGGCCGCACACUGGGCAGGUUAUUCCAGCUGGAGCUAGUGUCAUUGGCCUUGCUUUUCUUCUCUGGCGUUUUUCUUCUACCAGCAUUGUUUUCUUUUCCUCAUCAACCUGUGCGCAAGUUUGCACAGCGCGACGCCUUGAUGCUUUGUCGUAUGCCUCUGUCUCCCAGGUGCCUGUGUCUAUGCUGAACGCCUUCAGAGAAGCUUUGAGGGUGUCCCUGAAGCCCUUUCUUUGACAACCUUACGAGCGCUUUCAUUCACCUAGUUGGCCAUACAAGAGUCGUUUAGGGAUGCGAUGGUCUUCCAUUAUGCAGACGUGUCCUGCCCAUCGCAGCUGGGACUGCAUCAGGAUUGUGUGGAUUCGCAGACACGCUAUUUGAAGGACUUCAGCAUCUGGUAUUUUGUCUUGCCAUUUGACAUUCAGUAUUUUUCUCAGACAUGUCAUAUCUAUGCAAGCAGAUUUUUAAAAAAAAAUGCCACUUUUAAAUAAAAAAAAACUUCAGUGGAGGUAAGUUUUUAAAUAGGUCACAGACUUCUUUAUUAAUAACUCAAGCUUCAUUUAUAGAUUUGCGCAUUGGCACGAAAAAUUUACAUCUAAGGUCACAAUGGAAAAUAAUAAAUUUAUUAAUAUAAAAUAUAUUUUCCAUUUAAUAACUAACUCAUGGAAUGAAAUACUGAUUGAGAUGUCGUUUUUGUAAAAGAAUUUUAAUUCGAAAUUUGCUUUAGUUAUAAGUUAAAAAAAAACGAACUACUUUAAUAGCGAUCAGUUUUGACAUCUUAACUAUACACUUGACAGUCUUAAGAAGACUAAAUAGAGCUCAGAUCUUGAUAUAUUUAUAAUUAAUAUAAUAUAAAUGUAUUAAUAAUUUCAACGAAACUUCUGACUUUUUAAGGUUGCAGAUUUAUCUAUAUUAUAAAGUAGAAUGUGAGGGGUAUGUAUGUAUGUAUGUUACUUAUAGACAUCAAAACCGCUUGACCAAUCUUGAUAAAACUAGGCAGGAAUGUUCCUUGGGUACCAACUUAGACCUUAGUGAAUGUAUUGUAGCCCUAAAACAAAUGUAAGACCCUCAAAAAAAAAAAGUUGUCCGACUCUAUUACAGCUAUAGUAUUUUAUGGAUCUAGGCCAUGUCUACAAUGUUGACAUGAGAAAAGAUAGAAAGGAUUUAGACCUAGAUCUAAUUUUAAAAAAUACACUUUGCGCAUAUAGUUUUUUACUUUGACACAUGAAAAGACAAAAGAAGAUCCAUUGAUUUCAUUAUAUAAUAAAAUCAACCUUCAAUUUUGUGUUUCAAAAGCAUUUUUUACAUUAAUUAGUUCCUUAUAUCUGUGAUUACAGAUUUCCUGACGAACAUUCUUUCAUUAGACAAUUCCGUAAUGAAUCGCUUACUAAAUAUUAAUUCGUUUAAUUGUUUACUUUAUAAUCCCAUCCCUAGAUCUAAAACUCUAAUUCAACUCUAAGAUGAUAAAACUUCUCUUCGCACAGAUAGUUUUAUACUUUAACACAUAAACAUAUUAAUUAAAGUCCAUUCAUUUCAUAUUUUGAUCAAAUAAACAUUCAAAUUUAGUUUUCUAAAGCUACAUUCGCCUACGAAAGCUGCGAAGCCGAGUUGAGAUAGGCCUAGAUCUAUAUUCAUUCAUGAAUCGCGUACUAAAUAUAAUUUCGUUUAAUUGUUCACUUUAUAAUUCCAUUCAUUUAACAAAGCUAUCGCUCUUUUCGUUUUUAAUAGAUAAGAAUGUGUCGACUUCGGGUAAACCCAUUUUCGCAAACCUAAUUUUAUUUUCGUAGCGAAAGAGAAAUAACGUGAAAGGAUCAUUAGCUAAGUUUAACAUACAUAUAAAUCCAAUCCACUAGAUUAUCCAAAAGCAUUUUUUACAUAAAUUAGUUCCUGAUAUCUACAGAUUUCCUGGCGAACAUUCUUUCAUUAGACAUUACCAAAUGGUUACACAUUAACACAUCUCUCUUCUGAGGUCUGAGUCUAUUCCUAGGCCUAGGUCUAAAACUCUUACUGAACUCUAAGAUGAUAAAACUUCUUUUCGCAAAGAUAGUUUUAUGCUUUAACACAUAAACAUACUAAUUAUUGUCCAUUCAUUUGAUAUUUUAAUCAAAUUAACAUUCAAAUUUGUUUUUCUAAAGCAUUUUUAAUACAUUCGUUCGCUGUUCGCUAAAGCUGCGUAGCCGUGUUGAGAUAGGCCUAUAUUCAUUCAUGAAAAAAAGUUUACGCAUGCGCAGCACAGAACUCUAGAUUAGUGUAGAUUUAGAUCUACGUCUACCUCAAGAUCUACUUUAUACUUUAUACACAUGAACAUACAAAAUUUAGUCUAUUCAUCUCAAAUUUUAAUCAAAUAUAUGUAGGCCUACAAGCAAAUGUUUUAAUUUGAAAAAAAAAAAUGGAUUUAAUUAAGCCUAUUAGCAAUUUUGAUUUGAUAGCUUCAUUCACACUAUUUUUACAUUGACACAUUCGCUUUACUUAUUACAUUAUUAUUUCGUUUAAUUGUUUACAAAACACUCUCAGUGACUAUAUCGACAGUAAUGCGCAAAUAAAGACCCGCGGGUCGCGGGUAACAUAUGUCUAGUUUAUUAUAUAAACAGUAUCGGACACAAACAGCAUAGUACACUAUUACGCGAUAACAAAAGGCAUACUAUUUCUGAUCAUUGUCCUAGGUCUAGUAAUAUUAAGAUUAAACGCGUAAAUUGAUACGAAUUAUAGUCUACAACUAGAUUAUAUAUUGAUAUUCUAAAUCUAGUCUAAAUUCUAUAUCUAGAUCUAAUUUUCUAUCUAGUUCUAAUAAUUUGUCUAGUUCUAAAUCUAGCUGUAUCGAGAUCUAGAUCUAAAUCUAGAUCUACUUUGUAUGACAAAUGGAAGGGGAGAUAUUAAUUUUUAUUAGCGAGGCUAAGUCUUAAUUUGUGUGACCCAAGUCGUUACUAGCUCACUACCUAAAGUAGGUCAAUAAUUUUUUUUUUCGUGUUGCCACUUUAUCUCAUUUUGUAAGAAGAAUUAAUCUAUUUUUAGGUUCUCUUUAUUACUUGUUACAUUUUUUUAAUUUUGAAUGUAUGGAGACGCGUUGGCUGAGCUGUAAAGUGCUUGGCUUCUGAACUGGAGUUUUUUGGUUCCAAUCCUGGUAAUUACUGGUAUUUAAACAUUAGGGAUCUUCAGGGCGCCUCUGAGUCUACCCAGCUCUAAUGGGUACCUGACAUUAGUUGCGGAAAAGUAAAGGUGGUUGGUCAUUAUGCUGGCCACAUGAUACCCUCGUAGAAACAUAGAAACAGAUGAUGUUUACACGAUCUGCCUUAUAUAUCACAAGGACUUAAUGAAUAUAUAUGUAUAUAAAACAACUUGUAAUUGAAAAAGUACAUGAGUUUGAUAAAAAUUCAUUUGGAAAGAUUUAAACAUUGAAAGAGGAAAAUUUUGUAAUAUUAUUUUAUUGCCUAAUGAUUUUUAAAUGUUAUUACUCUCGAGGAUCAAAACAAGAUUAUGGCUUGAAUAUUUCUGGUCCAUUGGUGAAUUCGAUGGGGGCCGCCACUAAGUUUGUGUGAUAACACAAACUCUCAUUGUAAUCUUUUUUUUAUUAGAAAAAAAGGUAUCUCGAUAAAAAAAAAUCAUUUAAUUUAUCCAACAUGAUACAGUGAGUGUAUUCUUAGAAGAUGUUGUAAUUUUGUUUUCUUUAUAUGGUGAUGUUUUAUAAUAUGAUGUGUUACCUGUAUUGGUUUGUCAAGUAAAUUUUUUAUAUGAUAAAUUUGUAAAUUGGGAUUUGCCUAAUAAUGUUUUUAAACAUUGUGUAAUUUCAUAAAGUUAUAGAUUUUGAAUUAGAUAAUAAUGAUUGAUAUUUAAUUAUGUUGUUGAAAUUUUGUGUAAUAUUUUUUUUUUGCACAUACAAUCAUUAUUGCAUUGUUAAUAUACAUAUGUAUUCAAUGAACUGAUAUUUAUGAAAAUAUAGUUAAAUCCUAGGUGUCACUUACAUACAAAGACCGCCUCACGAAUGAAGAGAUUAGAAACAUGAUUAAUACAGCAAUUGGACCCCACGAUGACCCCACGAUGCUUAUCACUCUCAAGAAAAUGUAAACUCAAACUCUAUUGACACAUCAUGAAGUUCUCGGGGCUCGUAAAGAUUUUCCUUUAGGGAACAGUACCGGGCAGAAGAUGAAGAGGAAGACAAAGAAAGCGAUGGGAAGACAACAUCAAAGAAUGAACAGGCCUGUCAGGGAAUACAAUUCUAUCAAAUUUAAAGGACAGAGAGGAAUGGAGAAAGACGGUUGAUAGAUCUUGCAUAGUUUCCCGUCCAAUAGACAAAACGAUAGGAGAAGAUGAAGGCAAAGUAAACUGUGACCUUGGCCUGACUGAAUUUAUUGCAUGAUUAUCUAAUUGAUCUAAUUGUUUUGUAAAUGACCGAACUUUUAUUUGACAGGUCAACAAAUAAAGCUUUUCUUUUUUAUUUUUUUUAGUUAUGUUUCCGAGAUGUUAACUGUCAUGCUACAGUACAUGUGUAGAAUAUGAAAAACUGCUUAUUAAUUGUUCUUUUAUAUUGAAUUCCACUUAUAUGCAUACUAAAUAGAUUUUUUCUCUUUAAAAAAAGUAAACAAUUCUUUACAAACAUGGUUG